AUGAUGGCUGCCAUCACAGUCGACGAGGAGAGGCUUAUGGGCUUGCAAGAGCUCGAGCCCUCUCCAGUAGAAGAUAGCCCGAUAGAGAUCAAAGAAUCAUACUUCCCUUCAGCUUCCACGCCAUCUCCACCUCCAGAACCUCUCCGGCGCUCAACGACGCUCGGCCUUAGCGGCCACACCCCUGUAUAUUGGCUCUCCCGCCUUCAUCGGUACUCGACCUACCCGCUCACCCUUUACGCCGUCUUCCACAUAACCAACACCGCCAUAAUCCCAUUAGCUACAAAGUCCAUAGCCGCAAGUGACACCUACCUGCUCUUAACACGGCCAUACUAUCAGUCCUUCCCCCUCGAACCCCUGCUCAUAGUCCUUCCGCUUGCGGCGCAUAUCGGCUCCGGCCUGGCCUUGCGCAUCUACCGGCGCAGACAGAACCUUCAACGCUACGGCGCCGAGUCGCGAAAAGAUCGGCGCAACGUACCAUGGCCCCCUGUUAGCGGGACGAGCAAGCUCGGAUACCUCCUUGUGCCUUUUAUCACCGGACACGCGUUCAUCAAUAGAGUAAUCCCGCUAUACCAUGCUGGUGGCAGCUCAGGGAUCGGCCUUGAGUAUGUGAGCCAUGGCUUUGCGAAGUUUCCCGCCAUAAGCUUUGCCGGAUUUGGAGCGCUGGUCGCCGCGGGCGUGUUGCACAUAACAUGGGGAUGGGCGAAGUGGUUGGGCUGGACUCCAAAUCAGGUGACGGAGCACGGAGAACAUGGACAGAUGCUAAAGAAACGGAGGUGGUACGGUAUUAAUGCUGUCAGUGCGCUUGUGACGGCUGUCUGGAUGGCCGGAGGACUAGGAGUGGUAGGAAGAGCUGGACCGGCGGGAGGAUGGGUGGGGCGGGAGUACGAUGAACUAUUUCAGCAUAUACCAAUUUUGGGAAGAUGGAUGUAA